AGAAACCAUACCAAAAUCCACGUGAGAUAAAGCAUUAGGCCUGAACCAAUAAGCGACUGGAAUGAUGGCUUUAUCUUCACGUUCCAGCGGCAACUACCUACAACCAGCCCUCAUUUAGCGGCUGUUCAGCUUCACCAGCCUAGAACUUCGGCAGGUCUAAGACUCUGAAUCAACGAUUGAGACCAAGGCCCGGACCAUGGAACACAAAGUCUCUUUCGGUACUUCUUGAUCAAUUAUGGGGCUACGAGAAGCUUAUGUCUAUUGGACUGGCAGUAGCACAGUCUAGACUGAACACCAAGUUCUCUGUUUCCCGACUUGCAUAUCGAACAACGCACGAGGGACUAACUUCUAUCACGGAAUCCAUUAGUCUUGACCUGGAACGGCUGAAUGAUGAAAUUGACAAUCGUUGAAGUUUACGAAAAUGGAAGUGUCUAUAAGGGACAAUGACAUUGCAUGGACUGAUUGGGAAUGCGAUCAUCGCCAAAAUGUCAAUAACAACGAUCCUCCCUGCGAGCUACCGAAGUGGCUGAAGAUGAUGACUUUCAAAAGACCCUGAACGAUCGCUGCCAUCUCUUGCAUCAUAUCUAGAGCUUUGGACCCUGGAAACACCGUGUUACAAGAUACGACGACAUAUUCGCGCCAGCCAACAGACACUCUUUCUCGCAACGCGUGUCCUCAAACCUAGAUACCGCAUCCGUCCUAUCAAUUAAAAAAGCCCCGCCCCGCCUCGCCAUCACCAAUAUCGUAUAGCCUGUCUGAUAAAUUAGGUGCAAUGUCUCGGAUUAUACGAGCUUGGGUAACUAGCCACAAGUGUCUAUUUACUGAAUGUCUCAAGGAUUUGUUUCCUUGCCACUCAUCGCAUGAUGUUGAGACUAUACCAACAAAGCAUGAUAUGAUAGACGGCCUGCCUACACUUACAUACCUGUAGGGACCUGGAAGAGAUGCUUGCCAAGUCUUCUUGACUCAUCUACUAUUUGAGGCUCAAAUGGAUGAUGCAGCAUGGAACUAUUACUUCAUGGAGAACCAAUGCAGUUAGCCCUCUGAUUGAAGGGGCAAGAGGUAAACAGGUGUAGUGCCUGAGUGCCAACUUAUUUGACAGGAAGUUUAUCUGACUAGCCUGAGUCUUGCUAUCCCCUGAUCUACAGGCAUUGUCUGGUCUGUGAGUCUGUCUGACCUUAUGGUCAACCUUCACAACUCUUGCUACCCACAUUGCCAUAUCCGGCCUACGAAUCGGAUCGACGGCCAUACCGACGUCAGGCACCCGAUACUCUUUUCUGUUGUUCCUCAACGCCAAAGGGCCAAUCAUAAUGAGGCGUAUGGCUUUCACGACGGUUGCAUACACCGAGCGAUGGCUUUACCAUUCAGGCUGUGCCAGUGGGCCGUGUAUCGUAGAGCAACCAGCCUCAUUGGGUCGACCGUAUUAUCCAAAUUCGAUCAUUGUCACCAAAGGCGUCACACCCGGCUCUGGACCCCUCAUAAGCCUUUUGGGACUCGACCGUCGUGGAACCUAUUGUCGACUGUUCCUUAAACGACAGGAUUCCCAAAGUCGGGACCGCUGAACCUAGUUCUUGCUCGUGGUUCUCGAAUCUCUGUCUCUCAGGCACCUGCAACCUUACCUGGCUACUUAGAUAUCAAGCUUCCCGCACACAAUGAUUCACUUACACUGAGUCGUCUUACCCGAUAAAACCAACUCACAAGAUGAAGCCAUCAGACUUGCCGACUUCAUACUCCAGGGCUGCUGCCCGGGCGCUGAACUGCACACGAGGUCACAUCGGGUUAUGUGCCAUUAUACUUAUGUUGAUGAUGUCGACCCUGGUAUGGAGACAGAGAGAUUUGGUUGCCGUCAAACUUCCUGUUAUGGAGCAACGACCGCCGACGACCCUCGAUUCUAAAGCACCAACAAUUGCUGGCAUAAACGGAACCCUCGAUCGUUUCUGGUCAACAAACGGAGAAAGUGUACAAGAUCUAGUACACUGGUCGAAGCCCAAAGGCGUUGAUAAGAUUAUGGGACUUGUCUUUUAUGGACGACGACAAUCGGUAUCAAUUCUUGAUUGCUAUCUCAAGCGCAAUCUUGCUAAGAAUGGCGGCUUGCUUGACGGUGUCAUCUUUGUGGAACGAACCAAAGACCCCCACGACCUUGCACUCUUGAAGAAACUCCUGGAAAGCGAGAGUUCGUACGAAAAGUGGUCUGUUGAGAUGUCGGGCGAUGAUAACUUUUCGAGUGGCUUUGGAAACUCCUACGACCGGGUUGAAGACCAUGUCAUGUAUGUCAAGAUCGACGACGAUAUCGUUUUCAUGGAAGAUACCGUUAUUCCAUCGAUCGUUAAAAAAAGACUUGAGCAUCCCGAGUACUUCAUCGUCUCGGCCAAUGUCGUCAACCAACCCCUUCUCAGCUGGGUUCACUGGAACUUGGGCGCCAUCAGGCCUUAUCUCCCCGAGGUCGACAGCGAAGGAAAGGCCAUGCCCUCAAAACAAUCUGGCCAGAAGCCACUGGACUGGAAUCCCUCCAACCUACCCCCAUGGAACGGCCCCGAGGGGUUCUCGCUCGAUAGCUGGGAGCCCAAUGACACUACUCAUCGCUGGCUCCCUCUUGACAAGGGCGGUAAAGACCAUAUUCUCGACACAACUCCCAUCGAAGCGACAGAGUAUCACCCUAUGGGCCGCGGCUGGACUCAGUGGACGAUUGGCGCACAAGAACACUUCAGCUUCUUCGAAAACCUAUGGAAGAAGAAGCUGUCCGCCUACAAGUUCGAAACAUGGGACUUUCAAUACGAGCGAAUGGGCAUCCAGUUCGUUGCCUUAUUAGGAAGGGACAUCAACCGAGCCAAGCCGAUCGAGGCUGAUGACGAGAACCACUUCUCAUGUAACAUGCCGCGCGCGCUAGGACGACGUAAGUGAAACCCCUGAACCGUAUGGCCGAGGGCUUUGUUAACAGGCUUUACAGAUGCCGUUGCUGAUGGACGAGGCGUUGCCGCUCAUUACAGCUUCGGAAGCCAACGCGCAGGCAUGGAUCGAACCGAUAUUAUUGAUCGCUAUAGGUCGUUCGCACGCAACAACAUCUGUACUGGACCCAUGCUGUGGGCUCCUGGAGAUGACUAGUUUUGAAUACCGCAUGAAAGCGAUCGCAUGACCAACCACCGAUCAUUUUGCCCUUGAUUUUGUGAUCAACGGUGUUGGUAUGUUUCAAUGACUGCGACUUUAUCCAUUGAUGCAUCUUGUAUACAUUUACUUGGAGCCCCGCCAUGGAGUUCAGGAGUUGUUGGAAAUUGGUUGUAGACUUGUACGCAUGCAUACAGGGGGUAUAUUAGAGCAUGAUAUUGACGUACAUGAUCAAAAACACAAUAUACGUCAUUUCUUUGUCACAAGGCUGAUUGGAGUUCUGAGAUCCAAUUUUGUACAUUGUUUCUUGUAGUUUUCUUGACAUCGUUGGCUGAUUGCUUAGACUCUACGUGAUCACGGUACUUGCAACGACGUGGCACAAGAUUUGAGAAGAGGAGUGGUAUAAAAUUUAGAGAACCUAACAACGACGACAUGAAAGUAUAGUUUGUUCGUUUUCUGCUUUUCA